CAAAUCAUAUAAUGCAAUUUGACCAAAUCGCCCGUAACCGUAAGUAACGAUGUCUGCACUCGCUUCGUUUUCGCCGUCCACGUCAAAACUUCACUGCAGAGUAGUGCAGAGUUUAACCAAAGUAACAAACUAACUGAUCGAAUCUUCUUCUUCAAUAAAAAGCUCCAUCCUUCUGCAAAAAAUUUCUAUCCAGCUACUCUAUCCUUGCUCUCAAUAUGGAUCCGAACCCAAAGUCCUUCCCGAUCCUUUCCUAUGUCAUGGCCCGGCUUCCCUCCCUCGGACUCAAAGCCACCUCCACCACCAGCUUCGAUAUUGAGCAGCCACCUCCACCCGAUCCCUCUUCUAGUCAACCUCUGAUUGCUUCCCAAUUACCUCACCUGACUGACCCGAAAGUCCUAGCUUCUAUGACCCGCGCCAUCACCGACGUUGCCAACACCCGAUCCGUUCUCCAAACCCUCGGCCCUCGCCCUGACCACGAGACCGUGGACACCGCCAGAGUUAAACUUGCUGAAAUCGAAUCCAACCUCUCGAAACAGCUCGAAGAAAUUGUACUCUCUCCCCGGCCGGCCGAAGUCGACAGGCUUGAAUGGCGUGCGCACUUGGCGGAUAAGGAAGAACAAGCUCGAAAAGCGGCGGAGAAAGAGAGGACUUUGUACAAGACGAUAUUGCAAUUGGACGAGAUGCACGACGCGUAUGAGAAAUUGCUCAAGGAUGCGGAGGAACGGUUGGUUAAGAUUUACGAGAAGGCGGAGAGUGGAGAAAAGGAAGCGGAUGAUAAGGAGGAAGUGAGGGAGCGGAUGAACGAAGAGGUGGUCGGAAUACUCCAAGAGGCUUCCGGAAAAGUGCUGGACAGGGUCGAUUUAUCAAACCGGACAUUGAGAAUCUUGCCGGAGGCGUUUGGAAGGAUUCAGGGAUUGAGAGUGCUUAAUCUCUCCAAUAAUCAACUUGAGGUUAUUCCUGAUUCAAUAGGUGAGUUAGAGAAUCUUGAGGAGCUCAAUCUUGCUUCAAAUCUCUUGGAAGCAUUGCCUGAUUCUAUAGGAUUGCUGUUUAACUUGAAAAUUCUGGAUGUCUCCAGCAAUAAGCUAGAGUCCUUACCCGACUCCAUUUCUCAUUGCAGGUCCUUGGUGGAGUUGGAUGUUAGUUUCAACCGUAUUACAUACUUGCCAACUAAUAUUGGGUAUGAGUUGGUGAACCUUAGGAAGCUGUCAAUUCAGUUGAACAAGAUUCGUUCACUUCCUAGUUCUAUUGGCGAAAUGAGAUCUCUGCAGCACCUGGACGCUCACUUCAAUGAGCUUCAGGGCCUUCCACUUUCAUUUGGGAAAUUGACAAAUCUUGAGAUCCUCAAUUUGAGCAAUAAUUUCACUGACCUGAUAGAGCUUCCUCACACUUUUGGUGAUUUGACAAACCUUAAGGAACUUGAUCUUAGCAAUAACCAGAUUCAUGCUCUGCCUGAUACAUUUGGCCGGCUUGAUAAUUUGACCAAAUUGAACUUGGACCAAAAUCCCCUUGUGAUUCCACCGCCAGAAGUUGUGAAGGAAGGGGUUGAAGCUGUCAAGAUUUUCAUGGCCAAGAGGUGGCUUGAAAUACUGGUGGAGGAAGAAAGGAAGAGCAUGCUUGAAGUACAAGAGCAAACACAGACUGGGUGGUUGACACGGAGUACAUCCUGGUUGAAGAAUUACGCCACAAAUGUUACUGAAAAUGUUUCAGGAUUACUAAGUCCAAGAAGUCCCAGAGACCCUUGUCUUGAUCAGCAGCUAUGAAUUCCUGGUCCUACGAUAUUUUGGUUUGUCUCCUUUCACUAAAUACCAUGUACACCUCAUGAAGGAUGCUGAGGUGGAUUUUCUGCUUCUAUUGCAAUUGUUUUGUUUCUUCAUGCUGCAAUGAUGCCAGCUAGAAAAAGAUGAAAAUCUGACAAAGUUCCGUUUGCUUCUGUUCACAUUCCUGGGAAUGACAGUUUUGCAGAGCAAAUAAACAGGUAUUUUUACCCUUUUUUUUUUUUCCUUUAGAUAACUUGGUCUGAUUGUCAAGGAUUUUAUAGUUGUACGUCAAAUGAACUGGAGUUUGGAUAGUCAUUAUCUAUCUUAUGUAAUUAUUUUGUAUGGAAUAGAUAUAACUUGUAAGAAGUCUCUCUCUCUCAGUCCAUGCAAUAUUGUCUGAGCCAGUGGAUACUGUAGUGUAGGCUUCUUUUAUGAUUGAACUUUAGAAUAAUCUGUUUAUUGCGAGACAACACCUGAAAAUGUAAAAAAAAAUAUGGUGCAUUUUUUUGA